AUUAAACGCACCUUGAACUAUCAUUACGUCGAAAUAUGAUGAAGGGCUGUUACAUGGGCAGGUACGGACACCUGGCGGUGGUCACCAACAUUGCAUGUACGUACAUCCGAAGAGGAUUUGCAAGCAUGGCCCCUACUAUUCAUAAAUUUGACUAUCUGGUGAUUGGAGGAGGAUCUGGUGGCAUCGCAAGUGCACGGCGGGCCGCUGAAUUUGGCGUAAAGGUGGGACUUGUUGAGAACUCUGCUCUGGGAGGAACGUGUGUGAAUGUGGGAUGCGUUCCCAAAAAAAUAAUGUUCAAUGCUGCGUCACAUGCUGAUGCACUACAGCAUCACAAGCAUUAUGGUUUCAAUGUAGAACCGACCCCAUUUGACUGGCCUGCUGUGAAAAAGAACAGGGAUGCAUACAUCAAGAGGUUGAAUGGCAUAUAUGAAAACAACUUGCUCAAGUCUAAGGUCAAGCUCAUCAAUGGAAAAGCGACUUUCGUUGGUGAAAGAACUGUCCAGGUAGAUGGACAGCUGUAUGAAGGUGAGCAUGUCUUGAUUGCCACUGGUGGUAGGCCGUCAGCUCCUGGUGUCGAAGGUGCAGAGCAUGGGAUUGACAGUGAUGGAUUCUUUGAGCUAGAGAAGUUGCCAAAGCGUGCCUUUGUUGUUGGUGCUGGAUACAUAGCAGUGGAGAUGGCAGGGAUUCUGAAAACCCUUGGCUCUGAUGUCACCAUGCUCAUCCGUCAUGACCAGGUUCUAAGGACCUUUGACAGCAUGAUCAGUGAAGUUGUGACACAGCAGCUCCAGAACAUUGGGAUCAACCUCCUGAAGAAUGAUGGCUUUGCUGGGGCAACCAAGGAUGAGCAAGGCACUCUCUCAGUGGCCACCAAGAGUGGCCAGGCCUUCACCAACAUUGACUGCCUCCUGUUUGCCAUUGGACGCGUUCCCAACGUAGAGAUCGGCCUGGAAAAGGCUGGUGUGCAGCUGGAGAAGGGCCACAUCAGGGUGGAUGCCUUUCAGAACACGUCAGCCCCGGGCGUGUACGCACUGGGAGACGUGUGCGGCCGAGCUCUGCUCACCCCGGUCGCCAUCGCCGCCGGGCGCCGCCUGGCCCAUCGGCUCUUCAACAAGCAGCCGGAGCUUAAGCUCGACUACGAAAACAUCCCGUCGGUGGUGUUCUCGCACCCUCCGAGCGGCUCGGUGGGCCUGACCGAGCGCGAGGCCCGGGACCAGUUCGGCGACGCCCAGGUACGCGUCUACUCGUCCGUGUUCACGCCGCUUGAGUUCGCCCUUAGUGAACACAAGGUGAAGACGCACAUGAAGCUGGUGUGCGCCGGCGCUGACGAGCGCGUGGUCGGCCUGCACAUGGUCGGUCACGCCGUCGACGAGAUCCUGCAGGGCUUCGCCGUGGCCGUCAAGAUGGGCGCCACUAAGGCCCAGUUCGACGACUGCGUGGCCAUCCACCCGACAUCAGCGGAGGAGCUGGUCACCAUGCGGUAGGCCCUCUGCCGAUACCGCACCGUGUGUGUCUGGGCUCGCGCCAGACAUCUACCCUGUGGGGGAUGUAGCCCUGGAGUCGGCCGCUCCGAGCACGUCCGUGGUCCAACAAGCAUGUUUACUCACCAGUAUACGUAUCAGUAUUCGAGUAGUUUGAAUCUGUCGUUGGUGACGGUCGAUUGACGUUUCAUUUUGCUGUGUGUGCGCUGUACGAUGGGCUGGCCUUGGUAGCGCUUGUGGCCUUUUCUAUGAGGGUUUUUUGCCGGUCCAGCUUACUGAUGUGCGACGCACUGUCGUGUCGGUUGGCGACACGCGCACACAGCCGGCGUAUCCGGCCGAGCUUCGCUUCAGGUAGCGCCUGAACGACCCGUGACCCCGCCGACCGUGUGGCGGUCGCGGUGACCAGCCGGUGGGGUGGACGGCGCUGGGCGCGGCCCCGCCAGUCGAUGCGAACGCGCGCUGACCCGGUGCUUUAAUGUAUACGCCAAUAAUUCCUUAUGCUGACACGUGAUUCUUUAUGUUGAUGCCAGUGAACGCCAACUAUGAAAAAAUCGGGAAGACACCUAAAAAUAAAUAGAUCGAGAACGUA